UAAAUAUAAAUAUAUAUGUGUCUGUUUCUAAUUUAAAGAUCAAUUGAAAAGACUUGGAAAAAUCCGAGGAGAGAAGAUUCAAGAUCUACGGGAAAACUAUACACUGUAAUUUUCCUGGGUUCGAAUCCUUCUUGGUAAUUUGUCAUUGGUCAGCCACGAAAGACCAUUUUUUUUUUUUUUUUUGUCUUCUUUUAUCAUCAUCACUUGAGAUUUGAUAGCAAGAUUAUGUUUUUUUUUAUUAUUGUUUGAUCUACAAGUUUGAAGCUGUACUCGCUUCUUGAAUUCACGCGCUUCUCGUUUCUGAGCCCCUUUCGAGGUAAAUAAUUGGGGUUGAAUUGGUUCAACCCGCUCGUUGAAAAAUCGGUUCUUGAUUGUUCAGAGUGUUGAUUUUUCGCCAAGUAUUUAAUUGGGUUUUUAUAUAUAUAUCGAAUUCCCAGUGAGAUAAUUAGUUUGUGUGUCGGAAAAUCUGAAUCCCUAAUUGUGGGAGGGGAUGUGGUGAUAUGGAAGAAAAUGCGGCAGCUCUGCACACAACUAUAAAUUCAGUGCAGGCAUUGGGAAGGGGAUUCGAUGUGAACUAUGAUACUAGGUUGCUUUAUUGCAAAGGUGUGUCUGGUUCAAGAAUUGUUGAUAUAGAUGAAGGGCACACAAGGGAUUUGUACUUGUCUGAUGAAUUAGUUGUGCCUAAUGUUUCCAAGGAUAUCAGAAAUUCGCAGGAGACGGGUGGCCGUGAUGGUUUCGGUGUUUGCAGUUAUAAUGAGAUGGUGGAAUAUUUCAACAAAAAGGCUAAUCUCUCUGGAAAUAAUACUCCACUCGGUAGUUUCAAUUCAGCUUUCAGCUUUACGGGUUCUAAGCAUAUAGAUGCCGCCUCCACAAAGUCCCUUUGCAUCGAUGGUUUUUUCAUCCCACUUGCUAAAUUUCAUCUUGCAAAUUCACCUAUGAUCUUAAACGAAAAUGUGAGAAGAGCAGUGCCGAAAUCGUGGGACCCACCAGCCUUAGCAAGCUUCAUUGAGAACUUUGGCACGCAUGUUAUUACAUCGGUAACAAUUGGGGGUAAAGAUGUAAUCUACGUCAAACAACACCUAUCAUCGCCUCUAUCUAUCGUGGAGAUCAAGAAUUAUGUUCAAGAUAUUGGAAAUCAAAGAUUUUCCACAGAAGGCCUUACAAGUUCAGGCCUAUUAAAAUACAAAGAUAAGGGAAGUGAUCCUUCUUUGUUCAACAGCCAAGGAAUAUACCCGCAACCAGCUAGUGCACCUUACCUCUCUGGGAGUGGCAAAGAAGAUGUGACAGUUAUAUUUAGAAGAAGGGGAGGGGAUGAUUUGGAACAGAGCCACACUCAGUGGGCAAAAACAGUUAGAUCAUCUCCAGAUGUCAUUGAAAUGGAAUUCUUUCCGAUAACCGAACUUCUUGAUGGUGUUAAAGGAAAUGAACAUUUGUCACGCGCCAUUGCUCUAUACCUAGAGCACAAGCCUCAGAUCGAAGAACUUAGAUAUUUCCUAGAAUUUCAGGUCCCUCGAAUAUGGGCCCCCGUACAGCAAACGUUUCCCGGACAACCUAGAAAAGAACCCGUUUGCCCUUCUUUACAAUUCAGCAUCAUGGGACAAAAGCUUUAUGUCAGCCAAGAGCAAGUUUCGGUUGGACGAAAGCCCGUGACAGGCAUGCGGCUAUGUCUAGAAGGGUCGAAACAGAAUCGGCUAACCAUCCAUCUCGAGCAUCUGGCAUCUCUUCCAAAGAUUCUCCAUCCAUACUGGGACCCACACGUUGCAAUCGGUGCACCGAAAUGGCAAGGGCCCGAAGAACAAGACAGCCGGUGGUUCGAGCCCGUGAAGUGGAAGAAAUUCUCCCACGUCAGCACUUCGCCGAUUGAGAAACCGGAGACGUUCAUAGGUGGCGAUCUCGCGGGUGUGUACAUAGUGACAGGGGCCCAGUUGGGGGUUUGGGAUUUCGGUUCGAGAAAUGUACUUCAUAUGAAGCUUCUGUAUUCGAGGCUUCCAGGUUGUACUAUACGGAGAUCGUUGUGGGAUCAUGCUCCGAACGAGAAGCAGUUGAAAAAACGGGAUAACGUGGGGGGCGACGAGUCUAGUUCGAGUGGGGGAGAAGAAUAUGUGGGGAACAAGUUGGCGAAAUUUGUGGAUGUGUCUGAGAUGAGGAAGGGGGCGGAAGAUUCUCCGGGGCAUUGGUUGGUGACAGGUGGCAAGCUUGGUGUGGAGAAGGGGAGGAUUGUACUUAGAGUCAAGUAUUCUUUGCUUAAUUAUUGAUUAGUUUGAUGUUUGAAUUAAACUUUGAUUUUGGUAAUGUUGUUAAUGUACAAUGUAUAAUGUAAUAUGGGUGUUAAGGAAUUUUCUGAGAAUGGUUUGUUGUGUUUU